CAGGCGGGCCACAUCAGUUCCUCACUCUCGUGCUCGCAUCCCUCUGAAGCGGGAAACCCUCAAAUGUGCUCCACUUUUUAAAGAUAGAUUGUGCUCUUCGUUUUUAUUUAUUCCUAUAUUUAUUUAUUCUUUUGCUUUGUCGCAACUCGAGCACUUUCUUCCGCACUGUGUUGUUUGUUUUCCUGCAACAGAUUUUAAUCACGUGAGUUGGAAACUGUUGUCUUUAUCGAUAAUUAAUUUAUUUCUCGCAUGAACAUUUGUUACCGUUUGGCAAUUUGGAACUGUCACGAUGAAGUGUGAAAUUAUGAUAUUUGAUUGACAGAUUUUUUUUAUUCCUUUUGAGAAAUGAUCUGAACAAAGAAAAGAAGUUAUUUUUUUAAAAUUUCAAUUCAAUUAGCAAACGAAAAAAUAAAUAAAUAUAAAUUUAAUUUUAAAAUGAAGUGACGUGAAAUUUUUUUAAGAAGAAAUAACACUUAAGCUGUUCUGAAAGAACACGUGGAUUUUAUUUCAGAGUUGAAAUCGAUUGUCAUUUAAUUUACAAAUUUGAUUACAAAAAAAAAAAAGUCUUUAAUACCAGAAUAAGUUGGAUCAAAUUUUGGAAUCACCAAAGGAAACCUCUUAGAUCUUGGAUUAUCUCAUGAACAUAUAAAUUUCUUGGCUUCAAAGGGCUUGUUAGUAAAAAAAAAAAAUUGCAUUUCUGUAGAACCGAGAUCUUCAAAAACAUACAUCAAAGAAAGAUGUCGAAGAUUUGUGAAGAAAAAUUUUAACGAAUCCUGGAAACAACCGAAGCCUUGUGUCCACUGACGUGUAAGCCGAAAAAAGAUGGCCCGUCCCCUGUAAACAAAAUCCCCAAGUAGGUGGAAAAGACAACUCGUUAUUGUGCCGCUCUUUUGGGAAAAAAAAGCGAAUCGUGUUUCUGUGGUGAGAGGUACUUUAUUUUCGAAUAUGGAAGCCAGUCGAAGUCAUACAAGGACCGCAACUGUUUUUCUGUGUACUGUUUUGGGAUGUCUUUUGGUAGCCAGCGACAUUGUGGGAGGCUUUAAUAUAGACACAAAAAGUGCUGUUGUUCAUAGGGGUACACCUGGAUCCAUGUUUGGAUUUUCGGUCGCUCUCUUCAAAGAUAGGGGGAAUAGUUGGGUUCUGGUUGGAGCACCUAAAGCCCAGACGAACCAGCCCAACGUGACGGCAGGGGGUGCAGUCUACAGGUGUGGAGUAGAAUCCACUGGUAGUUGCGUGCCAGUACCUUUCGAUUUGACAGGUCACAAUCCAGGCAUCAGUAGGGGACAAUACAAGGACGACAAAUCCAAUCAAUGGUUUGGGGCAACCGUUGCAACUUCUGGCGAAAAUGGACUAGUAGUGGCUUGUGCUCCUAGAUACGUCUAUUUCUCGAUCAAUUACCAAAGGCGAGAGCCUGUGGGGACAUGCUGGAUUGCAAAAAAUUCACUGACAACCUUUAAUGAAUAUUCACCAUGCAGAACAUCAUACUGGGGUUUCCAUCGACAAGGUUAUUGUCAAGCAGGAUUUUCAGCAGCGUUAGCAGAAGACGGUCAAAAGCUUUUUGUUGGUGCUCCUGGUAGCUGGUAUUGGCAAGGGCAGGUAUAUUCCAAAGAUUUGGUUACGGAUGAAGAGAGGAAAACCAGGGAAUCACCAGCGUCUGAUGAUGACAGCUUUCUCGGGUAUUCUGCGGCAGCAGGCGAAUUUACAGGCGAUUCAAGCAUGGAUAUUGUGGUUGGUAUGCCACGAGGAAAUAACCUGACUGGAAAGGCAGUGCUUUAUAGUUCGCUGUUGCGAAACUUACAGAAUAUCAGUGGCGAGCAAAUGGGAUCUUAUUUUGGAUAUUCUGUCUGUGUGUCCGAUAUCAACGGUGAUGGUUUGGAUGAUAUUGUUGUUGGAGCUCCUCUUUUUACGGAUUUGCAAUCCAAAGAAAGCAAAUACGAAGAAGGCCGAGUCUAUGUCCAUUAUCAAGAUAGCAAGCACCAUUUUGAUACUGAUGGCAGAAGCAUAUUGGAUGGAACCUACACAAAAGGGCGGUUUGGUCUGUCUCUGGCUACUCUGAAAGAUAUCAACAAAGAUGGAUAUGAAGACUUUGCCGUUGGAGCACCAUACGCAGGAAAAGAUGGCAAAGGAAUCGUUUACAUAUAUCAUGGCAGCGCCAGUGGAGUCAGAGACAAACCGUCCCAGAUUAUUACUCCAGAGGAAUUUCCAGGUGUUGAACUGAAUACGUUAGGCUUUGCUGUUUCUGGAUCUAUGGAUAUGGAUUCAAAUGAAUAUCCAGAUAUUGUUCUUGGAGCAUACGAAUCGGAGCGUGUUAUUUUCAUGAAGUCACGUCCUGUAGUGAAUAUUACAUCCAGUAUGAAACUAAAUAAAGAUGUAUUGAGCCUGGAGGACAAAACAUGUACUCUUAAAGAUAAAACUAAAGUAGCUUGUGUUGAAGCCACCUUGUGUUUAAUGUACAACGGAAUCGGUGUAGCUUCAGAAAUAGAUCUCGCUUUAAACCACACCCUUGACGGCAAUCUAAAGAGUCCAAGAGCUUUAUUCCUAGAUGCCAACCCUUAUCAAGUGUCUAGUCGAACUAACAACAUCAGACUAAAAAAGAACGUCGAAUUCUGCAAUAAGACCACUGUUUACAUUCAGAACGCUAUUCGAGACAAGCUGACUCCUAUAGAAAUAAAAACGAGUUACGAACUUAUUGAUUUAGAGCCCUACAGAUAUGUUCUAAAACCGAUCCUGAACCUAAAUGUUCCAACAGCUGCAACAAACGAGAUAAAUAUUGAAAAGAAUUGUGGAAAAGAUGAUAUAUGCAUUCCAGAUUUACAACUGUUAGCUGCUUCAAAUAUGGAACAGUAUUCCAUUGGUACAAAGAAGCGAUUAGAGUUGGAUAUGACCAUUCGAAAUGCCGGAGAAGACGCUUUUGAAUCAAUGUUAUAUGUGAAGAUGCCUUUAGAUGUAAACUACAUAAACAUCGAAAAAUCCAAACUGGAUUUUCCUGUGAGUUGUAGUGGUGCUCAUCCAGAGUUAACUGGAGAAAAUGUUCUCCAAUGCGAUAUUGGAAAUCCAUUGCCUGCCAACAAAACGCUCAAUUUCAAAAUCCUUCUGGAACCGUCACGGGUAGUCUCUUCCACAAGCGAUCUGGUGUUCACAAUGGUCGUAAACAGCACAAAUGCAGAAAAGAACGAUACUUUGUUCAACAAUAUGUACGAAAUCGAGUUGCCUGUUCGUGUAGAAGUUGCACUAGCAGUUAGAGGAAUCUCAGUUCCCGAAGUCAUAACCUAUAAUAAGUCUGAAGAAAUACCUUCAUCGUUAGUUCGAGAAUCAGAUAUUGGUCCAGAAGUAACACAUGUCUAUGAGGUUGGAAAUCAAGGCCCAAGUUCGGUGAAACAGGCAGAGGUAUACAUUUUGUGGCCUACCUAUACUUUGGAUGGGAAAUCGUUGCUGUAUUUAAUGGCUCAACCAGAUGUUCGAGGCAAUGCUCAAUGUGAAAGAAUCGAUGAUGUUAAUCCUCUCAAUUUGCAGGAAGUUCGUCGCCGUCCGAGGAAUCACAACAUUACCAUUCAAGACCUAAAAGAACAGCUGCUCAUAGGCGAUUGGAGAAGCAAAAAUUCGCACUCGAAGUCUGCGAAUUCUGUUCAUCAUCGGCGAUCAAAGAGAGAAGAUGAUAUCGAUUAUCUCAUGUCUGAUGAAGGAGAGGAUCAUUUCUUAAGCGAUGAAGGAGAAGAUGCAUUUCAAGAUGAGCUGUCUUGCGGACCAACUUUGUGUACACAGAUUCGCUGUACCAUAUCGAAUCUCGAAAAAGGAGACCAGGUUAUUUUCAGCAUUCGGUCAAGACUUUGGAGAGAAACAUACAAUGAGCUUGGACUUAGUGAGGUGAAAACUUCUUCAAAAUUGGUAACCCGUAUUACACAGCUUCCGUAUGGCGUUGAUCCAAGUUAUCUUCCCUACAAGAUAUAUGUGGUUUCUUCUAAAGUCAGUCUUCUCGAUGUUGCACUGGCCCCGUACAUGAUUCCAUGGUGGUGGAUAAUAUUGGCCAUUUGCAUCGGUCUUCUACUUUUAGCCCUAUUGGCUUUAUUAUUAUGGAAGCUUGGAUUUUUCAAACGAAAAAGACCUCAGGAAGUCCCUGAAAAAGAACCUUUAAAUGAGAGAAACGGAUACCGAAUGGCCAGUGGUGAUGCUGCAUUGUGAUAAGAAUGUGCGAAAUAUUUAUAUUUAUUGUGAGUGAACUUCUGAUGAAUCUAAAGACAUUCGAGAUGGACCUAUAAUGUGCUACAAAGGACCACUCAUGUUACAUCCCAAUAACGUUGAUAACCAUCAUAAGAUUUCAUCUUAUGCAGACUUCGAUAAAGCAUGUGCUUUUAACAUAUGUGCUAACAAAUGUGGGAAAAAAUAUCUGUAUUCGCAUUCCUGUUAUAUUCAUGAAAGACUUCAAGGGACAGAACUAAUAUAAUGUGUUAAAAUAUAAUUACAAUGUGUUGACAUUUUUGGAGUGCAUUUUCAAGACUUUUUAGUGCGAUCAAAAGUCUGACAAAAAUUAACUUUAUAGUUUUAUUUUCAAAAUGCUAAAGUGGCAGAUGUUUAAGGUAAAUAACACCAUAUAGUUAAUAAAAAUAAUCUCAAUUAUCUUUGACAAUUCUUGCAGCGAAAUGGAAUCAAUUAUCAGUGGAAUAUCGAAUCAGACGAGCUAAAAGCAGGUGUGUUUACUACAUGCUUAUAAAGCAGAUGCUUUAAUAAUCAACAUGAAAGACUUCCAGAUGGCUGAACUUUUGCUAUACAAAAUAAAGUGUGUUGAUUUUAGGAAUGCAGUUUCGAUACUUUUAUUGCUAUAAAGAGUAUGAAAUUAAAAUCAUAAAAUCCUUUUUUUUUUAAUAAGCUAUUUUGAUUGUUGAAAUGGCAACAAUUUAUUACGAAGAAAGUCAUCGCAUUCGAAACAGAAUGUCAUCUGCUUACAAAGCAGCAAUGUUUCUUGUAACAGUGCUCAAUUAUUAAGCAUUCUUUCAAUGGAAUUAUCAAUGGACUAUUUUGAAUCUGAUGGAUGCUCGUGCCUUACGCGAGCAUGCCUCGAAAACAGAUGCUUUAAGAAUUUUUAUUUUUCAAAAAUAUUUAUUGAAGUACAGAACGGUUGUAUUGAAUAUAGAAAGAUGUUUUGAUUUAAUUUUUGUGUCUAACAUUUGCUUAUAAUUUGUCAGAUUUUUUUUUUUUUUCAAUUAUAAAAUAUUCUAUAGUUGACAAAUGUUAUUUUAUAUUUAGAAUGUUGGUUUUCUGUUUUUUCUGUUUCCGCCCAAUUUUAGCUGUCUGAUUUACCAUCACAUAUUUGCAUAUUACAUACAAAUGUUUUACAUGGCUUUAUGAAAAUACAAAUAAUACAUACAAAUUAGAAUAUACAUGAAAAUAAAAAUUAUUUGCAUGGCGAGUAUAAUGAAUUAGAUUUAAAAUGUUAAUUCCCAUAUUACCCAUGAGCUAAAAACAACAAUUAAAUUGCAAAACUAAAACAGUAAUAUUCAUUAAGUUGCCUUUUAAGCAUUAAUAAUUCAUUAACAUAAUUUGUAAUAUAUGUUGCAAUUCAAUACUUAUCAAAAAGGCAGAAGCUAAAAGAAUAACCGACCUAUACGUGUUGGAUAGUAGUCCCAUUGUUAUUGCUCUCCUAUGCUUUUACCUAGGAAUACUAGCGAUAAAAUCGGACCUGGUAAGAACAAUGAAAAUUGAUAGAAACAAUCAUAACCAUUUACUUCAUAUGCAACUGACAUUUUGGAAAGAGAUGAAUUUGCCAUAGGGAAACAGUGCCUUCAGUACCUAGAAAUGUAUCAGAUGACAAAGUACAAUCGAUACAUUUAAUUAAUAGGGUUAACCCUCUGGCUGCUUAAUUCCUUAAAAUCACUAUUUAGAUGCGAUGUUUGCAAAUAAGUUCAAAUAUCUUUUAAAAAAAGUGAACUGAUACUAUAUGUUAUACGAUAAUAAUAUAAUAUAAUAAAAAUCUGUAAUCGUAAAAAUAAACAAACUGCUAAGAAUUCGGGAUGCAACAUAAAAUAGACUGAUUUACAAACCCGCGGAAAUCGCGGGAUAUGCAGCUGGAGGAUUAAAAUGCUAGAGUUGGGCGGAGAGAGAAUUAUUGAGUACCAUUAUGGUGGUACUAAAUAAUGAUCUGGAUUUAUAAGAAGAUUACUUAUUUUGUUCUUGUCAAUAAAUUAUUGUUUGUGUCAUUAUUUGCUGUCUGGUAUUUUUGUAGUUUUUAAAAUAGGCAGUUCCAAAAGGUCGUUGUUUCAAUAUAACCUAGAAAAACAACAACUGGCUUAAUACUAAAAAAUAAAUAAACGAUGUUUGGAUUUUAACAGAAUUAUCUAAUCAAUAUUAUUUAUAUGUGUUUAUUCGUAUUUUUUUAAUCGAAAAUUUCACAUUGCACUAAAAAAUUAUAUCUAUUGAAAACUGAUCAUUUGUUUGUAUUUAAAUCACUCAAAUUUAUAUUAUUGACUGAAUUUUAAUUUUUCUCUAAUAUAAGCUUUUUUUUUUAAAAUCUAUUGUAAAAUAUGUGUGAAAUAUUUGCCUUUUAUCCAGAAUUUGUGAUUUAAA